AUGAUCUUUCAACCUCUCACUGCUGGGCUUCUUGCCCUUUGCUCUUCUACUUUUACCUCGGCAUCGGCCAUCCCGCCCUUGGAGAAUCGGGGUGUUUUGAACUAUGCUGAUCAUGCAACCACCCCUCUUGACAUCGAUGAGGAUAGCUUUACACGUCCAUCCUGGUUCACGUCUACUUUGAUGGCCCGCCGUCUGCUAGCUCUCUCUCCCAGUGGUGUCAUUUCGACUACUUUCCCAAGCCAAAUCCCGGCCUGGUCCCGUACGCCUGCCGAGGUCGCCGGUCUACCUAUUGGUCUUCGUGAGUACAUCGCCGACUGCGACGGCAUUUUACCCGAGGAUCUAUCGCACGGAGACAACGGUGACCCGACUAUUCUGGCACUACGUAUUGCAACGACCUUCAGAAAUACCGGCGCUGGGUCAAACCUCAGUCUCGAAAUAGACUGGUGGGACCAUCUCUCUGAAGCUGGCGCCGUCUAUCCCGGUCUGCCUCCCAGCCCAGCUGCGCUGCCACGCGUCACUCUAUUCGGAUACCUCGAUACCCUCCCUGAAUUAUCCGGUAUUGCGGCUGUCAAUCUGGAAAAUUGCUUCCUUCGGUCACAUCCCGAUGCCAAGUACUGGCUACCCGGUACCCCGGGUUCCCCACAUGCGAGCUUCUGGGCGCGACUGGUGGUCACGCAGGUGUACUGGAUCGGUGGGUUUGGUGACGUGCAGCAGAUCGGGUGGAUGAAUAUCACCGAGUGGAAAGGGAUUCGACGGGAUGGAAGUGUAGCGGGCGUGGGUGAUGGACGUGGAUGGGAGGAUGUACGACUGCCAGGGGAAAAGCACCCGGCACAUGGUGCUCUAUGA